AUGGAUAUGGACAAAUAUCUCCCGCAUAAUAAGCCGGAGGACAUGGAAGACUACCUAUGGGAACGCGUUUUGGCCAGCAUCGAGAAUCGGCCUGCGCAAAACCCGCCGCUGCGGCUACAGCACAAGAUCUCCGUAUGGUAUCCUAGCCCUAGGCUCCUUCAAGACGGCGAGGAGAUCGAUGAACCAGUCGGAGACGUCUCACAUAUGCACAACCCUCUAGACCCACUAUUUGAAGAUGUACGCGUGAAUCAGGCCGCUGGGCACUCGGAUCUAGAUCGCUACACUUUUUCCACCGUCUAUGCAGCGUCGACCCAGUUGACUGAGCCGGACUUCGACGCGUUCAUAGCUGAACAAGAGGGUCAAGAUACGAUCAAAUUGCUUCACGCAAUCCAGAGAUAUCAAGGGGAGACACAUCUGGACAUUCUUCCUUACAAGAGCAAGAAGGACGGCAGAGGUGUCACCCGCGUCAGACUCGCCUGUCGCUGUAUCUUUUUCGACUUCGAAGCACGAGCUUUCCAGUUCGAUUUUGAGUUGCAAUGCUUGACAUUUAAAGCAUGGGAGCGCUAUCUGUUUACUCAAGCCAACCAGACAAACCAUCCAUGGAUCGAAGAUAUACAUGAGCUCGUUAUGGGCAGCUCACGGCGUGCCAUCGCUCACCGUCUUAUGAUGCGAGCGCAGCACUACGAAUUGAAGGAGGAGGGUAGCCUUGAGCGCGCAGAAGCCGAAGAAGAAACGAAGGACGCCAUCGAAGCAAAGUACAAUUUCAAGCCAAGGCGAUGGCCUAACUAUGAGGCAAUAUUGAGCAAGCGACGGAUUGACAUCGACGACAUCCCAGCAGACGAUCGUAUGUGCCUUAUUUGCCGCUCAGACCUCGAACCUGAGACGCAAGCAGUGUCCUUCUGUGGUGAUAACAGACAUAACGCCUGUCAGGACUGUCUACUUCAACUGUGCCGGGCUAUGGGACCUCUGGAAGCUAAGUGUGUGCUAUGCGCCAAACGUCUGAUCUCCGAAGGAGAGGAAUAUGACUUCCUCACUGUCGGGUGGGUGCAGAGAGUAUAUCAACCGGAUCCGGCUUAUGCAGCUUGGGAGAACGUCUGGCGUGGUUGCGCUGACCUGGACUCACAAGCGCUGGACAUAAUGGAAUUCACAUUCAAGGAUGAGAGGCUUGAUCUCCAUAAUUGCGACCUCGUUGUCACUGUCUGGCUCCAUUUCAUGGACGUCGAGCUUGUGUAUCCCGAUCCUGCACGCAAAAGCGUCAUGAACACUCGUGAAUGGGCAUUGAUCACUCAAGUUUUCAUCUCUCUCAUUUUUAAGAAGAGAGAUGAAGAGCCCAAGUACGGUAUUCUUUACAUGACUCUGGUGCGCGAUCUUCAGAAUUUCCUGGUGAGACGGGCUUGUUGGAAACGUGGCUACGAAAUCUACGGACAAGCAAACUGCGAGUAUCAUCUUGAAAAUGCUGAUCCCGAGCAAAUAUCAGCCAAUCGCAGAGAAGGCAUGCAGACAGACGUUCAUGGAAUAGACAAGGUCAUUUGUCGAGUGCUACACCGGACACUGAACUUCCUGCGACUAAGAGAGUGCUCGUGCCAAGCUGCGCCUCCAGAGGGAACACCGCAAGACGUUCUUUGGGACAAUCGAUUCCAUACACAUACUCCUGGUGGAAUGCUAUAUUAUGAUCCCAUCCUCUUUGAACGCUUGUUUCCUCAAACGACGGGCUUCUUGCAGCGGGAUUGGCGUGACGAAGCGUACUGGAAAUUUUUCGAUCGAUUACCACAAGAAGCACCACACGAAGCAUGA